CUCCGGCUGAAAAUAUAGCCCCUAUAGCCCGGCUUACUGGAAACGAAGACGAGCGAAUUGGAAGUUGUUACUAUAUGAAUGACUGGAUGGAGUGACUGGAUCCUCAUCUAGGUUUGCCUAUAUGUUCACGUUGACUUGUUUAUGUCGCAGAAAUUCGUAUAUAACAACUACAGCUGUUAUUUACUGGGUUUCAUCUGCUGUUAAUUCACUGGAGAGGAGAUCAGGACACAGCCCUUAUUUUAUUUAUUACGCUAUAGUUUAACAGAAUGACUGUGCAAAUGCCCUUUGCUGGACUCCUGUUAAUGCACAGACUGGUGAGAGUUAGCACACCCGCUCAGAGGCAUCUCUGCAGCAGAGACAUAUUUGCAAAACUCCAUAAAUGUAGGAUGGAGAUCAGAGCUCUUUCAACUGCUUCUGUGAAAUGUAACGAGAAUGAGGGAGACAGCUCCUCACCGCUGACCUCCAGGCAAGGGCUGCUGUCUAGAGGGAGGCGUCCCCUGUCCCCACUGGAGAGGAUCAGUAACCUGCUGCCUAAGGAAGCCCUGAGCCCCGAGGUGAUGCAGCUCCGAGAGCAGAAGCAGCAAGAAGACGAAGAGGACACAAGCAUCCAGCACACACAAGAGGAUAUUGGACCCCAAAAAGAGGAUGAUCAUGCAUCAGAUGCAACCAAAAAGACAAAAUCCUCAGACACUCAGUUGAACGUUCUUCCAGGGGAGAGCCUCCUUGUGUUCGGGGAGCUGCUUGUCGCUGAGUAUCGUAAGAAAGGAGAGGUGGCAUUCAGGAAGAUGUUUGAACUUAAGACGAAGGCCAUUUUGCACAGCAGCUGGGGGGUGAUCGAGCACAAUGACAUAGUUGGAAAGCCUGCAGGUUGCUUCCUGAAUACACACAGAAGGGCUCCCAUCCUCAUACGUCGGGCCACUCUGGAGGAUUACGUGCUGUUAAUGAAGAGGGGGGCGGCCAUCGCCUACCCUAAGGAUGCAGCUACUAUGCUCCUGAUGAUGGAUGUCACAGAGGGAGACUGUGUGCUAGAGUCAGGAUCUGGGUCCGGGGGCUUGUCUCUGUUACUGUCCAGAGCAGUUGGCUGUAGGGGCAGCGUGCUGAGUGUGGAGGUCAGGCAGGACCACCACAGGAGAGCGGUGCUCAACUACAAUCGCUGGAGGUCGUCUUGGAGUCUGCGACGAGGAGAGGAGUGGCCUGACAACGUCCAGUUUCACCAUGCCGACCUCAGCACUGCUUCCUCGCUCCUCGCUUCACAGGGAUUCCACUCGGUUGCUCUCGACAUGACCUGCCCGCAGCUGGUUUUACCCACUGUGAUUCCACAUCUGCACCCUGGAGCUGUCUGUGCUGUCUACGUCGCCAAUCUAACACAGGUCGUGGACCUGCUGGAAGGGCUUCGAUGUACAUCGCUCCCUUUGCUGUGUGAACGCGUCAUUGAGGUUCCAGUCCGAGAUUGGUUGGUGACCCCGGCCCUCCAGAAAAACGGGAGGUACUGCGUCAGGAACACUCCGGUGCAGGAUAAAGACCAGAGGGAGAAGGGGGAGACAUCGGAUAAGUCUGACAAAGAGAUGAUGACCAAAGACAAACACCCAGCCUUUGGGAGUAUUCCAUAUCUUGGCAGACCUCAUCAUGAACAAAAUAGCCACACAGCAUUCCUGGUGAAACUGAGGAAGUUUGUGCCAUAGCUGUUCUGCCCAUGAGGAAACUUUAACAAAAAUAUUAUGACAUAAUUAAUAAUGUCCUCACUGUAGAUCAUUUAAAAAAUAAAUGGUCAAAAUGUUUACUGUGGUCUUUUUUUAUUAUUAUUUAAUGGCUAGAUUGUGAUUGCAAAGUCAAAAUCCCAGACUGUAAAUUAUCAGUAAAAUUAGUUAAAUUUGCUCUGUAAAUAUAACUCAGUAUGAUCCUGCACACAAUAAUUGCAUGUAAAGAGCAACAUAUUUGCAAAAAGAAGGUUGUCAAGCCCGAGGCAUUCAGGCAUAUGUUUCCCGUUGCUGUAAUGAAACUUAGCUGAGUGCAUAAAAGCAGAUUGUAAUAAAGACUC